CGCCCAGGAAAACCAAAACCCAGGUUUCAGCUAAAAACCCCGGGUUUCAUCUGAAAACCCCGGGUAUUCACUCAGACCUGACGUUUUCUUCGUGUAUUGAAUCCUAAGGUGUAUAUAUAUAUGUGUGUGUGUGUGUGCGCGCGUGUGCGCGCGCAUGUCCAGAUUAAUUCUGCGCGCGGAAUCCAUCAGACCAACCUCCUCGAUGCACCGUGCGGUCGCAGGUCGAGCUACCUUGCCACGGAGGUGAGUUCCAACUCUUGAGGAAUGAGGACUGGGGCCAAGUGAUUGCUCCUGGGCGGAGGAAAGCGGCGCAGCGUGAGCCUGGCCAAGGUCCGGAUCACUGCGGCAAAUCGCGCGGCUGCACGUGGUUCCUGGAUGGGCGCCCGGGGGAUGUCUUCCGCAUCACGUUUAAGCGAGAGAUGAUCAGGCAGUCCAACGGCAAGUUGGAAGACGAGAAAAAGGUGUCCUGGGAGAAAGUCCGAGAGGCGAAACGGGGCAGUGAAGAGCUGGCGAAGAGCUCUCGCUUGGGCGUGGUGGGCUCCUGGAACGGCUUUGGGAAAGUGCAUCGUAUGCAUUCGUUCGAAGCUGAUGGCCAAACUGCUGCUUGCCAGGUUUACAACUUUUUGGUGGAAGUGGGGCGCCAGGGCUUCGAGAGCUUUCAGCUGGUCCAAGACUUCGACUUGAGCAGAAUACUCCAUCCUGACCGGCCGGUGACCGUGCCAGGUCCCGUCGGCCGAGUUUUGGUCUCCCAGAUGGAUGAGGUCAGGCAAGAUUUAGUUUGGGCACUCGGUGUGGAGAAGCCCAGCUCCACAGGAGACCUCUACCGGGUGGACGUGGUGGCCAGAGGCGAGGUGCUGCUGAACGUCUCUUGGCAGCAACUCGAGGAAACUGUCUCCGGAAAAGAGGUCUUCAGCCACAUCUGAGAGCAAGUUCAGAGCUUGGGCGCCAGUCUGAGAGCGUGGGAGGCAUAGGGAUGAGUCCAUCAAGCAUCAAAGGCUCCAGGAUCCGCGUGGGGUCCCUGAAACGACCGCCACGAAGCAAUCAGACGCCCUGGAGCCCCAAGCUCGAACAUGAUCUUCCCGUGUGGGUUGCGCUCCAAUCGAACUAGAGUGACU